UCAAGAAAGAGGAAUAAACUUUUAGGCAAAUUGGGAACCUUGGGGAAACACAAAUGGCAGAAACUUGAAACGUGGGAAUACUCAAGCAUAAAAUAGGAAUCAGCUUUAAGGGCUGGUGUCUUAAGAGUUUAAUCUUAAUUUAUUUUUUUAAGGAGAUGGCUCAGCCACUGAAAGUAUACUUGAGGGUGCGACCCUUUUCAAAGUUGGAGCUUGAGAACAGUGAAAACCAGGACUGCUUGCUUAUUGAAAAUAAAGAAACAGUAACCCUUCAGCCACCUAAGGAUUCCACCACAAUGAAGGGCAGUGAGAAGAGAAGUGGACAACCUACACAUCAGUUCACCUUCACACAGGUUUUUGGGCCGGACACUACUCAAAGUGAAUUUUUUGAAGGCACAAUGAAAGAGAUAGUAAAAGCUUGCAUUGAUGGAAUUAAUGGACUUGUGUUUACCUAUGGUGUUACCAAUGCAGGCAAAAGUUUUACUGUUCAAGGUUGUCCAAAAGAUGUUGGUAUCCUUCCUCGUUGUGUUGAUAUGAUCUUUAACCAUGUAAGAGGAAGACAAUAUACAAAGAUGAACUUAAAACCAUGCUUCAGUAACCUUGUCAAGAGGCUUAAUGAUAUGCAGAUUAAGGAAGAAGAAUCCAUAAAAGCUGCCCUUCUUGCUUCUUUGAAAGAGGAGACAGAAAAUUCUUGGAAACAUAUCAUAUCUCUAGGUGUAUCCAGUCCAACUUCUAGUAGCUCCAACUCACCAAAUCCUGAUUUUGAUCAAUUAAAUGAACAAUCUGAGCUUGCUGAUUCUGGGGUGUUUAGCAAGUGCCAGAGAACUCUAGCAUCUGUAUGGGUUUCAUUCUUUGAAAUCUACAAUGAAUACAUCUAUGACUUACUGGACCUAUUACCAGCACUGAAAAAUCAGAAGCGCAGAGUCUUAAGGAUCUGUGAAGAUCAAGCAGGAAACUCCUAUAUUAAAGACUUAAAGUGGAUCAACAUAAACAGCUCCGAUGAGGCUUGUAAAAUACUUAAAAUAGGAAAUAAGAACAGAAGCUUGGCGUGUACUAGGAUGAAUCAGCAAUCUAGUAGAAGCCACAGCAUAUUUUCUAUCCAACUGCUCAGCUUGAGUGAUGAAGAUGUGCCACAAAUUCUUGGAGUGUCUGAACUCUCUCUGUGUGACCUGGCUGGAUCAGAACGAUGCCGUAAAGCCCAGACCUUUGGAGAUAGGCUUAAAGAAGCAGGCAAUAUUAAUAAUUCCCUUCUUAUUCUUGGAAAAUGCAUUGCAGCUCUGAAACAGAAUCAAAACCCAAAAUUAAGGCCAACAUAUAUUCCCUUCAGAGAGAGUAAACUGACCCGCUUAUUUCAACCAUUCUUCUGUGGUAAAGGCAAAGCUUGCAUGAUUGUCAAUGUUAAUCAAUGUGCUUCCACAUAUGAAGAAACGCUGCACGUUAUGAAAUUUUCUGCUGUAGCAAAACAAGUUAUUCAAACAUUUCAUCACAAAAUCUUUGAUUAUUUCCCCACAAAAUAUGCUGGGAAGGAGAAUAAGGCUAUAGUGCACUUCAAUGACAUGUCUGCUGAGCAAGUUCCUGAGAAUAUUGACAUCUCUUGUUCUUCUGAAGAAGAGGAAAUAGAUAUUACAAUUAUGAGUCAUGAGGAUCUCUUGAAAACUACAGAGAUGCUAAAGGACAAGCUGAUUGCAGAGAGACAAGGCAAACUACUGCUGGAGGUGCAGAUACGCAAGGAGAUGGCUGAGGCAAUGUUUCAGCAACUGAUGGAAACAGAAGAAGCUUGGAGUAAACGCUUGGAAGACCUGAAAGAAAAUUAUGAAGAAAAACUGGAAAGUAAAUUUGAAAUGUACAAAGAAGCCAUAAAGAAGCAUGCAUAUAUGUGUGCAAUGGAGCAAAUUGAAGAGCACUAUGUUCCAAUAGAAGAGUUCACAGCUGAACAAGCAAAGGUUGAGGACAGAGAGAUGAAAAUACAGCAGUUGAAACUAAAACUUGGAGAACAAAAUGCCUCAGAUUUAGAAUGUACAAAGGCAGACUCUACAGAAGGAAAAGUUAAUCCAGAUAUUAAUUGUGAGAUGAUGCCAAGAACAUUAGAAUCAUUGAAGAGACUGUGUGAAGAAAAAGAUGAGUUGUUAAAAUUAUUGAAGUUGAAAAUACAGAAAUUAAAUGAAAUGCUGCACAAUGCCAAUGAAAUUUGCAAAAAAACUGUUGAAGAGAAUAAUAGAUUGAAGCAGGAAAUAAUGCUUAAGGAAGAAGAAGUUAGGAAUCUUCAAAACUGUGUUAAACGUGGCCAUGAGCUUGAAGCCACAGUCUCUCUUCUUCAGGAAAAACUAGAUGAAAGCAAAAGGCUCCGAAGCAUGGAAGAGCUUAAGCAUCAGAAAUCUAAGAAGUGCUUUUUUGCAAAUAUAAAAUAUACAGUAGGAGAUGUCUCUAAAACACCCUGUAGGAAAGCCCCAGUAAAACCUGAGGGAACUCAUAUUACUUCCUGUAAACUGACAUCAAUGCUACAUAAAAUGAAAGAAUAACUUGGAUGCAGCGACAGAAUUGGUCAAGGCAUUAAAUGGGGAUUUAUCUCUAUUACAAAUUAUAAGGCUAAACAAUGAACUGUCAAUUAUUUGAUUUUUGUGUGCUUGUCUGCCCUGCAGAGUAGCAUGGCCAGAGGUUCUUUGGGUCAUGGGGAGUUAGUUUGCAGCGAUGUCCUGAUUCUAUUCUGUAGUGUUAAGAUUUUAAAACUUUUCACUAUUUUGUGAAUGCAGGUAAACUAUUCAGAUUUUAAAGUUCUCUGAUCAUCAUGAUUUGCUAGGAUGUGUAGAAAGUUUUAAUUUUGUGGUUGAAUUGCUUUCUCUGUGAAAGA